AUGAUGGAAGGAAGGACAAUCGACUACAGGACUGAUGGCGGACUGGACUAUCAUAACUCGCCUCUAAUGGCGGAAAUUCCUGUAGAUAAUUAUUCGCAUAUCCAUAGAAGUAUAGAACACCUGAGAUCUAUAGGAGUGCCUCCACCUCUAGACACGCACAGACAUUUAGCAGCGAACCUAACAGACUUAAGAAGAUACGAACAUCCCGAUGAUAUGCCAGAAAUUAAACCGUCCGUUUUAAGAUUAUCUGAAUUCAAAAAUGGUCUUCAAGACUUAAGAGGUCAUAACGACCAGGAGAAUGACAUCCAGCGACACAUGACACCGCACGACGAGGGACCGAAAGGGUACAGUGCUCCAUCAACGCCGCUAUCAGAAAAUGGGGGUCAGAGUCUUCAAGAAGAGAAGGUUAGUUACAAUUAG